UACACCUUUGUUUGUAAUACCUUUACGAUAAUAAUUCGCGAACUGUGUUUUAGUGGCAAAUUCUGUGAUGUUUCAGGCGAGUGCAAAAACAAACGAAGAUUCACCUCAAACAACAUCAAGUAACGAAAAACAACAUGAUAAAUUGGUGAGAACACGAAUAGUUAUAUACGAAAGAGUUGGUCCCGUUAGUGGAAAUCAAGAUGAGACACUCCAAUCAAGCAAAUGUGAUUCAAAAGAUUCAAGGUCAGAAGGAAGCACAAUGUCGAAUUUUACUAAUAAUGACAAUGCGCCAGCUUCACAAUCCUUAAAUGAAAAUUGUAGCCAUUAUAGUAACGGUAAAAAUAUAUGCAAUGCAAAUCAAACAACUGAUAAAAUAAAAAAGGAUAGUCAUAAUUAUAAAAGGAGAGGAGAAACUUCAAGUUACCAAACCAACGAUAAAAAUAAAGCCAGUUUUGAAAACACUAAGUACGCAAGUAUUAGAAAUCAGUUAAAAAUAACAAAUCGAUUUUCAAAUUCAAAUUUAGAUAUUCCAAGCACGAGUAAUAUAGAUGAAGCUAAAGAAAAGCGAAAAAAAGUUACUUCAGAUUAUGUGGGACGUAUGUUGAGACAGUUUGAACAAAAAAUUGAAGAAAAUAGUAAACCAACGAAGAAAACUAUAGAGCGACAUACCGUCCUCAGCGGAAACAACGCGUGGAAAUCAAAGAAUGAUUCUAACGUUAAGGCAUUUGAAUCCGUAGACAAUAAAUUAUAUACAAACAAUGAAGAAACAGUUAACAACAAUGACAAGACAGAGGCGCUUAGAAAGAAUAUCGUCGCUGAUAUUUCUAAAACAUUCCAAACAGGUCACUCUUACGAAAAUGAAAUUAAUAACAACUACAGCGAAGAGGAAUUUGAUAGAAUCGAAAGCACAUUUCAUGAAAUGGAAAAUACAAUUCUUGAAAUGCAAGCAGCUCAUCGCAUUCAACAUAAACAACAGGGAACGCAUUGUACUUUAACAAGUAAGAAUAAUACUAAGCAUAAACCUACAAAAAAAGAUUCGUCGUCGUUCCGGGAAGAUUUCCAACUUGACAAAAGAAAAAAUGAUGAAAAGGAUAGGGAUUCACUAUCAGAAGACAUGUACUAUGUCAUUGUAGACGAAACUUAUCAAGAUAGAGACGAAGAAUUCGGCAAAAGUAACUUCGAAAGUCUAGAAGACAUAAAUUUUGUGGAGGCUUACAAUAGACGUGGUUCAGAACUAAUACUGACGCAAGUGGGGCAAAUUCUACGUCGCAGUAUAUCACAGGAUCGAAGCAGUAGUACCUUAAAUUUCUUACACAAGCAAUUUCCAGAAGAAACUUUGGAUAGAGAGAAUGAAAACGAAAAAUUUAAUCAAACCACUUCGGAAACGGAAUACCCACCAGGUGAGGUUAAAGUCCAUAGCGGCCUGGAAACUGCAAAUUACUUUUCUGGGCGCGAUGUCAUUAAUAGUAAAAAGAACGGAAGUGAAACCACCGACAGUGAAGUGUCUUCAAACAGAUCAACUUUAUAUUCCGUUUCUGAGUACAACGACGAGGAUUUUUCAGACGUUGAUGUACGGGAAAAGGUUGUUACUUUCGACCAGGGAAUCAGGAGAGAAACCUAUUACAAUAGUCAGAAGAAUCCCGUCAUAGAGAAAAUUUGUAAUUUGGAAUCCUGUCACAUGAACCAUGGAGAAUCGCACUACGAUAUUAACUCCUUAGGAAGAGAAAGGAAGAAGUCAAAAGAAAAACGCAAGAUAGAUUACCUAGCAGAGGAAUUGCUGUACAGUGAGAAAAAGUACAUAUCAGACCUUGAGAAAAUUAUUACGGACUAUGUACCAUUUUUGAUAAACGAAGAAACUAUCCCGCAUCACCUAAUCGCAAAAGCUCACAUAGUAUUCGGAAACAUAAAAGCAAUUUACAGUAAAACUAAGGAUUUCUAUAAUGACCUAAAGGACUGCGCUGAAAUCCCUGAACUAAUAGCAGAUACGUUCUUGAAACAUGAAAAUCUUUUCCAAAUGUAUCCCAUUUAUUAUAAGAACAAGCCAAGAGCUGACUAUUAUUUAACAAAGGAAUUUAGGAGUGACAUCAUUGCCCGACAAAAACACCUCGGAGAUCGAUUAGGUUUGGCCAGCUAUUUGCUAACGCCUGUUCAGAGGCUUGGCAAAUACAUUCUUCUCCUAGAACAGAUACAAAAGGAGUUAACUCAGGAGGGCACUCCUUCUAACAAAAUUCAGAAGGCCAUCGAAAUGGUUAGGAAGCAAAUGUCUAGGGGAAACGAUUUCCUUGCCAUCGAUUCGAUCAAAGAGAGUCCCGUUAACCUCGCUCAACAAGGAAGCUUUAUUAUGCGGGAGAAGUUUAAUAUCAUCAAACCGAGAAAAUUCGAGGCGAUGCUUUUCCUCUUCGAAGAAAUUGUAGUCAUUACAUCACCUGAUACGGUAAGUACUUAUACGUAUGGAGAUAGCUCCUCACUCUUUAUAGCAUCCUAAUGGAAACGAAUAAAUACAAUUGUGACUUCUUCCAUUAAAAAAACAGAUAAAUAGUAAAGCUAAACGUAGCUUUAGCUUAAUAGGCGUAUGUGAUUUUAGUCGUUUUGUCAUUUAAUAUUGGACAUUUUCAAGAUACCAAAAAACAAACAAUUUAGGCCAAAGGGUACGUGUGUUAAAGAGUGAAGUAUCCAAGAUUUAAAAAAUAAUAUCUUCUCUUGUAACUGAAGCAACGUGUCCAAAUCUUUUAUAAUUUCUAGACGAUUCCGAAAAUGUUAGAGACAAACAAUCAAAAAUGAAAAGAAAAGUGUAUCCUAGGAUUGGCUCUCUUCAAAGCAUGCAUACAAGUACUUAUCAUUAGCACUACAUUACAUGUAUGUAUGCAUAUGUACGAUUGUAUUGCAUAAAAGAUAAUAGAGUAGGACAACAUCAAGUUUACCGUUAAGUUGUCAUAAAUCAAUCAAAGGCAAAUUAAGAAACAUUAUAGGUAAUUGCGAUAAAUUCAACUUCUUCACAAAUAAAUUGCAAACACUUCGUCUAAUUUUUACACGAGUUUCAGUUCUAAAUUAUUUCCUGAAAUGUUCUUACUCUUAAGCAAAACUGAAUCUACGUUCAUUCAUUUAAUAACCACGGCUGCUAGAUUAAAAUCAGAAUGAUAAUUAGAGAAAAAAUUUGAUGAUUUUAUAGAUAUAAGUAAUCUAGAUACAUAAAUCUGAAACAAAACUAAUAAAUCAAAGCAAAAUAUCAUCAAACGAUGUUAUUGAAGAUUCCAGUUUACCUCUAGGAGAAACCAAUCUCGUUGUAAAUUUAUAUUUUCCGAGUUUUUCUUUGCCCCGUUUGAAAAAACCGCACAAAAGCUGUUCGCCUAAAUAUCAUUUGCGUGUGUAAUGAAUACCAACAACGAAUCAACAAAAGGCUUCUAAAUUUGUGCUCCAAUACACGUUUAGAUGUCUAUUAAAAAUCCAUUUUAAAUUUCAAUAAAUCGAGAACCGAGACGACAACGACGGCAGCACGGCGCGGUAUAGUGGGCGAAAUUUAAUAAUCUGAAAUAAUGGCGAUUCAAUACAGCAAAAAUGAAAAUUACGAGGGAACGAAACCAAUCGUAACCUCCUUGGUAGGUACUUAAACGGAGAUGCGAUAAAUUACUAAGAUUACCACUCAUAACUUUCAAUAAAAGUAUUUAGCUGCCCAAUUUUUACAAGAUUUUUCGAUUUCCUCUUUUUCUCUUCUUGUACUUACCUAACUACAAAUAUCUGCUAACGAACUGAAUAAGAAUUGACACCUACUUCGUCGAGCUUUAUAAAAUAGGAUUAGCUAUUAGAUUAGUUUUUCAAAUGGAAAAUGCAGCCGUCUCUAAAUCAAUAAAAGAAACUUCUAUCUUGAUUAAGAGAAAACUAUCUGAAUUUUCCCGUUACCAUCUGAAUUUGCUGGUAACUUUUCAUUACAUCAAUUUGUUGAUUAGAAUAAUUCAUAUUAAUCUAAUUAAUAAACAACCAACGUGUUAGUAUUUAAACAGACGAUGAUAUAAAAGGGUACUUACACUUUUCAUAGAUAAAUGACUCUGUUCAUGCUACUGAAUUACUGCGGAAUAUAACAUAGAAAAUAAAAACAAAAUGCGUUUAGACAAUAAACUGUUUCUUUCACGAUUCUACUUAAAGACGACGUUAAACCUCAUGUAGUACUGGGUAGAUUGCUUUAUAGAACAACGAUAGAGAGAAAGUCAUAAAAUUGAAAGUAGAUUUUAUAAAGAUAUGUUACGGUAAUCAUCAUCAUCAUCUCAAGGUCGUCAGUCUUAAGACUGGUAGGACACGCACCUCCACUCUUUCCUAUGCUGAGUUAAGUAAUCUUCUCAUUUCCCUGAACUAGAAUGGUAAACGUGAUUAAUUCGCUGAUUGCGUAUAAUUGCCAAUUAUUAUAUACCGUCAGUAAAAGUCAGUAAAGCCAGUGCUACAGAUGGCGUUUACUGCGCCAUUUGUAGUAUUUUCUAAAACGCACUGUUAAGACAGCAGGUAAAAGUUGG